AUGCCUGGAAGCUCUCGAAUGCCCGUCAGUCUCCUCGGCGGCUUCGAAAAGGUCAAGCGCCGAGGACCCGCCAACCCUCUCGAUUUCCUCACCGUCGACCUGCUCCGGAAUAUCGUCUUCUACUACUUUGUCCUCCGAUGGACCCGACGUGCUUUCUGGAAGCUCAAGGGUCGAGGCCCGAUCGGCGCCAUCCUCGAGUUGUACCAUGUAAUCCACCGCACAUUAUACGGUUAUUUCCUUCGCGCCCCUGGCGUGCGUGGCAAGGUCCAGAAACAGGUCAACGAGUCCAUUGCUCAAAUGUCGUCCAAACUCAUUGCACAGACUGAUACCCGGUACUUGACGCUUCCCAAGGAGGGCUUGACCGCAGAUACUGUGCGUGCGGAACUUGAGAUGCUGGCCAACCUCGACCACACCCGCUGGGAGGAUGGCUUCGUCUCCGGAGCCGUCUACCACGGCGAGGAAAGUCUCAUCGGCCUGCAGACCGAGGCUUUUGGCAAGUUUACCGUUGCCAAUCCCAUCCACCCGGAUGUCUUCCCGGGUGUGCGCAAGAUGGAAGCUGAGGUAGUCAGCAUGGUGCUCAACAUAUUUCAUGCCCCUCCUGGAGCUGCCGGCGUUUCGACUGCUGGCGGUACUGAGAGCAUCUUGAUGGCUUGUUUGAGCGCUCGCCAAAAGGCGUAUGCCGAGCGCGGAGUUACGGAACCUGAAAUGAUUCUCCCUUACACUGCACACACUGCCUUCCGCAAGGCCGGUGAUUACUUUGGUAUCAAGAUUCACCUCGUCGACUGCCCUGCGCCCAGCUAUCAGGUCGAUGUCAAGAGAGUGGCGCGUCUGAUCAACCCCAACACGGUUCUGCUAGUCGGUUCUGCUCCCAACUUUCCUCACGGUAUCAUCGACGACAUCGCGGCCUUGUCCAGACUGGCUGUCCGCAAGAAGCUCCCCCUCCACGUCGACUGCUGCCUAGGAUCAUUUCUCGUGCCGUAUCUCGAAAAGGCCGGCUUCGAAUCGGAGCUUUUCGAUUUCCGUCUCAAAGGUGUUACCAGUAUCAGUUGCGACACCCACAAGUACGGCUUUGCCCCCAAGGGUAAUUCGACCGUGUUGUACCGCACGGCGGAGCUACGCCAGUACCAGUACUAUGUCUGCCCUGACUGGUCCGGAGGCGUUUACGCAUCUCCCGGUAUUGCUGGAUCGCGCCCUGGUGCAUUGAUCGCCGGCUGCUGGGCGAGCUUGUUGACCGUAGGCGAGGCCGGCUAUGUGGAUGCUUGUGUAAAGAUUGUUGGUGCCGCCAAGAAGAUCGCAGAGGCCAUUCAAAGUUCUGGAACGCUCAACGGCGAGCUCGAGAUUGUCGGUAAGCCCCUCGUUUCCGUGGUCGCCUUCACCGCUCUCAACCUCGACAUCUACGACAUCGCCGAUGCCAUGUCGAGCAAGGGAUGGCAUCUCAAUGCGCUGCAGAACCCUCCGGCAAUCCACGUGGCUGUAACCAUGCCCAUUGCCAAGGUGUGGGAGCGUCUGGUUAGCGACCUGGAGACUGUUAUCGAGGAGGAACGCGAGAAGGAAAGAGUGCGUCAGGUGGAGGGCAAAGGGGCCAAGGGCAAGGCCAUGGGCAACUCGGCUGCCCUGUAUGGUGUAGCUGGCUCUCUGCCAAAUAAGAGUGUUGUCGUGGACCUGGCAAAGGGAUUCCUGGAUAUUUUGUACAAGGCAUAA